AGUUUCACAACACGUGAAAAGUAAUGAAAAUGCGGGACUGUCCCGCACAAAGCGGGGCGUCUAUCUGGUCACCCUGCAUAUAAUCCCAGUUUUCUACCGUGACUGCUAGGUUUGAUCCCGUUGACAGAAGCAACACCUGCUCUGGAAUCUGGAUUAUAUAAUCUGUCAGGCUGCAGUGAUCUUCUCCGGCCAGCAGAGGGCGCUGCAGGCCGUGGGGAUGAAGCCUCCCCGGCGGCUCCGCCGCUCUCCGCCUGUCCUGACCUGCCUUCACCCGCACCGUUCAGGCUCUGGGUAGGGGAACCGACCGUGGGGGAGUCGUCAGCACCGUGGAGUUCCCUCAGCAGACCGUGACCGUGACCUUCCGGCUGUUGGAAGAGGCGGACGCCGCUAGCUCACUCGCGUCUACCCACUGGAGAGCGGAUCGAGCUGGACGCAGGUUCACCAACAGGAGCCAUUUAUAUUUAUUAUUUUUAAACCUUUCUGGUUUUAACCCACCUGGUUACAACCCACACUGACGCUACGGGAGCGGGCUUCUAACAGCAAGCCGGGCGGUGCAGCCUACUUUUGCCGGCGCGCGGAGAGCGGCGCGGCGCAAGUCUUGCUUCAGUCGCCUGGAAGUCCCUUCACACCUCAGGCGUUGCUGCUCCUCUAUACCUGGCUGCCAUCAAAUGGUGUUUAGCCCGCUAGCGUAGGCAGCAGAAGUGACCCGUUCCUGUUCAGAAGUAGAACCAAGAACCAGCUGCUUCCCAGAUGGAACCAGGCAAACCACCAGCAUUCUUGUUGCACCAGUAGGAAGACCAAAGAGACCAGCAAGGACUCUGAAGUUCUCUUAGACACUUUUUUUUUGCCUUUUACCUCACAAAGCAACGGAACAGCAGCGUGUCGUCCUUUUAUCUCCAUCCAACCUCAGGGACUCCCACAUGCUGCCUGCCUCCUACGCAAAACCAGUCCACCCAGUGACUAAAGUCGAAACACACGCACGAUCUCCGGAUGACACGUACACCUUCCUUGCUCUUCUCACUAAUGACCAGCCUUGAUCUUGGCCCUCAAACUGAGUUUUCUUUAAAGUGCUAGAGCGGAUCCACGUUUGGACCAGAACCCAGCAUGUUCUAAGUGUCAGAUGGAAGCAGCUGCAUACCUCAGUCACCACAGCAAUCAAGACUCCUUAGAGCCUUCAUUGUGGGGCUUUAAUCCAUCCACUAGAUACUAAAUCCCACUACCACCCGUCACUUGCCUUAGAAGCACGAGCAGUAUCCAUGGAAACCCUCACAGAAGCAACGUAAAGCGUCACAUUAUCAGCCCCACACUGCAAAGCUUCACAGUCUCGGCACUCGAUAAGGAUAAAAAGCCACGGCGAAGUUUGUGCACGCUAAAAAAAGUUGACUGUAAGCACGCCGGAGACCUUCGUCGUCUGAGCACAGAUCCUGGUGGCGGACCAGAUGUGAUGCUCGCUGAAGAGGGAGGACAACCCACCAAAUAAAGAAUGCAGUUCUUUCUGAGCCCCGUGUGGUCAUCUUCUCUGGCUGUACCUGAACAUGUUCCUGUCAUAGUCAGCACAUGCUGAGCAGGCCAACCUGUCUGAGCUACGCCUCCUUGUCCUGUGAUUGGCUGCUGGACGGGGUUGAGGCUGAAUGGAGCCAAUGUUCAACAAGCUGGACUGCGUCUCGUCAGAGGGCGAGGAGAAAGGGUGGCCAGAUGUGCCAAAGAGGAAGAGGAGGAACAGUCAGUGUUCAGUAAAGAGCGUGUCUGCUCUUAGCAUCUCUGUUCCAGGGUACAUUCCCAGCUACCUGGAGAAGGACGAGCCGUGUGUGGUGUGUGGAGACAAGGCCACCGGGUACCACUACCGCUGCAUCACCUGUGAGGGCUGCAAGGGUUUCUUCCGCAGAACGAUCCAGAAGAACCUCCAUCCCUCCUACAGCUGUAAAUACGACGGCUGCUGCUUCAUCGAUAAGAUCACCCGCAACCAGUGCCAACUGUGUCGAUUUAAGAAGUGCAUCUCCGUUGGCAUGGCCAUAGAUUUGGUGCUGGACGACAACAAGCGUGUGGCCAAGCGGCGCCUCAUCGAGGAGAACCGGGAGCGACGGAAAAGAGAGGAGAUGGUGCGAACGAUGCAGACCAGACCGCAGCCGGACAGCGCUGAGUGGGAGCUGAUCAGGAUGGUGACCGAGGCCCACCAGAACACCAACGCCAGCUGGAAGCAGAAACGCAAGUUCCUGCCAGAUGACAUCGGCCAUGGUCAAAUGGUGCCCAGCUCAGGUGGAGACCGAGUCGAUCUGGAGGUCUUCAGCGAGUUCACCAAGAUCAUGACCCCCGCCAUUACACGGGUUGUCGACUUCGCCAAGAAACUGCCCAUGUUCUCAGAGCUGCCUUGUGAAGACCAGAUCAUUCUGCUGAAGGGCUGCUGCAUGGAGAUCAUGUCGCUGCGCGCCGCCGUACGUUACGACCCCGAAAGCGACACGCUGACGCUGAGUGGAGAGAUGGCGGUGAAGCGCGAGCACUUGAAAAACGGCGGGCUGGGAGUCGUGUCGGACGCCAUCUUUGAUCUGGGAAAGAGCCUGGCGCAGUUUAACUUGGACGACACCGAGGUGGCGCUAAUGCAGGCCGUGCUGCUCAUGAGCUCAGACCGCUCUGGGCUGACGAGUGUGGAGAAGAUUGAGCAGUGGCAGGAGGCCUACCUGCUGGCGUUCGAGCACUACAUCAACUACCGUAAGCACAACAUUCCCCACUUCUGGCCCAAGCUCCUGAUGAAGGUGACCGACCUGCGCAUGAUCGGAGCGUGCCACGCCAGCCGCUUCCUCCACAUGAAGGUGGAGUGUCCCAACGAACUCUUUCCGCCACUUUUCCUGGAGGUCUUUGAGGACCAGGAAGUGUGACUUUGGGACGAUUUUGGUUGGAGUUGAAGGACGAGCGUCGAAGCUAAAUUCGACUCUGUUUUUGUCUGUGACUCUUCUGUGUGCCCUUUGUGCCGUCAAACACGGUACUCGUCGUCUGCCACCAGCCAAUGCGCACACCCACACCCACACACACACACACACACACACAGAGUCUCAAACUCACUGCCAUAACGGUUCAGGAGAUCUAUAUGCUAACAUGUUGCGUCUGGGCGGGUCUGCUGUGCUGGUCCUGCGUCUAAACCUGAGGGGCUUGGUCUCGUCUCUUCUAGCUGCUCAACCACCUGUGACCUCAAAAUGGCGUCUCUUUGGGAGUUUCUCAAUGUCAAGGCGCCUGGCUUUGCGGGGCGAUGUCUUGCGAGGCCAGGCGCCUUGCUUACGAGGACACGGUCCUUCCUUGGUCAACUUAUUUUUGUUUUUGUGAAGCGCCUCGUGAUUUUUAUCUUGAGAGGCGCUAUAGAAAUGAUAUUUUCUUCUUUCUUCUUCAAAGAAAACGGUUAAAUGGAACAGACUUGCGUCACGUGACCGCGGCUUCCACGUGACACGGGAGAUAACGUUAUUUUUAUAAGUAUUAGUUUCAACAUAAAUGUAUAACGAGCCUUUUACUUUUUAAAUGGUGUAUAUGUUUAUUAAAUUAAAAAUAUAAGUGAGUUACUACCCGCUAGCCACCGAAGCUGCAGCUACUAACCAACCAUAGAUAACUUCUUUGGAUCUAAAAAACAUUUUAAAUUAGCUGACUUAAACUUGAAAAUUGUCCCCCAAGUAGCUGCCGGCUUCUGAUCCGCCGUCCUUUUGAAAACAAAGCGGUGUAUUGUGGGUAAUUUUUCACCAAGGCUAGGCUACAAGACACCUCCCGUGUAUCCUCGCUCAGCUAGCUAAACGGCUAACAAACGGAGAACUCACGCCUCGGUAGAACAUGAACACUGGAACACGUCUUGGUGGCUCCCGAUGACGUAUCUCCUAGGCAACCGGGGCGGGGCCAAGACAUCAAGGCGAGGUUCCUUGGCAUUGAAAAACAGCCUGUUUUCUCCACACUUUGGAUCUGACCUUUAACCUCUCAAACAAGCCCUGCCCCACUUCUGUAGACACAUGCGCCUCCUAGUCCUCCUGUUUCUGCGCUCCAUUAGAUGCUCCGACUGUGAGUGUUCGUUAGUCUUCUUCGUUCACACACACACACACACACACACACACACACACACACACACACACACACACACACACACACACACAGAAUGUACAAAGCACACCCUGACAUGGUUACCCCAGAGCUUGUUAAACAGGAUAUCCUGUAGAUUCCCUGGGUGAGGGUGGACGGCUUUGGUCCUGUUUGUUCUGACCCGACAGUUCCAGUUACAAGUCUCUUCUAGAACAUUUAGUCGUUGCUGCAGAUCUUCAGUUGAAGGACCUCAGAGAUGCUAUGGAUGUCAUGAACAUCAGUGAAGAAUAUGUACGGAAUCAUUUUAGUGCCAAAAUAAUAAGUCUGGAGGGAAAAUUUGGUUUCAAUAAAACAAAAUUGUUCUCAGUAGGUUUGAAUGAAGACGACUAGACUCUACAAAACUGCUCAGGUGAGAAGUGAAACGUCUCAAAGAACCAAAGAAGUCUAGCUGGCUUCAUUCAGGCUCAGACCUGCAUGGCUGAGAGCCUUCACCAGCAACAGUUGGGAUUUCUAAAAGGAUUUAGAUCAUUUUCUAUCACGCAUCAGUUUUUCACAGCCGCUUGACCCCGUUCGGGGUCGGGGGGGUUGGUCUUCUGUCCGGAGGUCGUCAUCAGAUAGGAGAUGGGGACACCUAGACUGACAGAGAAUUAGAGAAUAACAGAUUUAGUCUGGUUCUUAGAAACAACAUGGCUGAAUGUAGGCAGAACUUUCUAAUACAUUCAUAAAUCCUCGACCCUUAAUCUAAUUAUUAGAAAUCCUAAAAGGCUCACCACAUGCAGCCUAAUAUGUUCCUAGUUUUAUUUCACCAUAUAUAUGUAUAUACAGGAAACAAGCUGAAGCUGGCCACGCCCACCUCUCCCCCACUCAGUUUCCUACAGGGAACCUUAUUCUCCUCCCCUUUCUGCUCAGCUCAAACGGGGCCUAAGGAGCUAUUUUCUGUCCGCUUUGCCUUUCGCCCUGAAUCACACACUAGUGGCGGGUGUUUCGACCACAGCAAUCACGUACUUUAGAUUUAUCAGCUUGUAAAAAUCUGUAAUUGGCAUGACUACAAAUCAGACGUUGGUAUGUCACAUAUAUGACACCCCCACAGAAUCUCCUCCCCCUACUGACCACAUGGUCAGAGUUGUGGUGGUUCUUUCCUCCUGAAGGAAGGAUUUGAAGUUCGCUGAACUUACAGCCAUCUUCCUCUGUUUUCUCCGGUUCUGGUUCGCUGACGUCACUUUGGGGAUAUUUGUAGUUGUGGAUGCAUUUUUGCACAAAACCUAAAGUAAGUUUUGCCCCCAUUCAAAAAGAAGUGCGUGGUUAGAAAAUAGCUGUUCUAGCCCCGUUGACUCGCAUUCAUGUUUUUGUUCUUCCGGGGACCCGUGGUCCAGAAGUUAGGCUCACUAUGAGAUGAGAACCUUCGAUAAUUGGGGAGGGGCUCAGAGUAGAGUUGCUGUUCCUCCAGUCUAGAGGGGUCGGGGGUUCUAUACAUUUUAAAAGUCCCUGAUUGUGAUGUCACAAUCAGGGACUCUUUGAAACGGUUUGUUUUAGGCAUACCAAUCCUAAACCCACCAGUGACAGAAAACAGAUUUUUAUUUUACCACAUGUGGAGUGUUUAUAGAGGCAGCAGAGACCUUUAUUUUCUUGUCAAGAGACAGCUAGCAUCUAGCUAACUAUAUUUUCUAGCUAGCUUUAGCUGCAUUACCUUAUGAAUAAUGGAUGAAACUGGUGAGUUUCGCUAAAGUCACUUAAACAUUAGUAACGUAAUCAUUUAAAAACAAACAAGAACACGACCAGGUCCUCCUCCACUGAGUCCCAACAGGAGUUCAGCCAGAGUCACUCAUUAGCUACAGCGGUCAUUAGCCAACGUUGGUAUUCCUUGGAUCGGUGUGUUUUAGCUUUAGUGUCGUUCAUGUUUAAUGUUCUCUUAAGACCAGUUUAAGUUGUUGUCGGGACUAAAACCUACAGAUCAAGAACAGGAAGUAGAUUCAUUCAAAUGAACUGAUGGCGAUCCUGAUCUGUUAGAACUGUUUUCCUCAGUUAUGCGUUUACAGAAAGUUCCUUUUUAUUAAUGACGUCCGAUAAAAAGACCCUCAUAACAUUUAUAGCCUACACAGAACCGCUGCUUCUAUUUAUACAGAACCAGAGUACCUCCUUUAUUACCACACACACACACACACACACACGCAUACAUGCACGUAGUGCCGCACCACCAACAGCAUCCAGCAGGUCUCUUCAGAGGACGGAUGGUUGCCAUGGCAGUCACCCUGAACCCUCGCCCCCUCCUCUUUUACGCGGGACCAAGAGGUGUUCUACGUGCUGUUUUGGUUUUGGACGUUGAGUAGAGGAGUCCAGACAGAAGCGGGACUCCAGAUGAAGCCGUUCUGGCCUGUUGGGUCAUGACUCUGGCGGGUGGAGGCUGGGAGGCUUGGGGGAAAGGAAGGGACUAAACAUAUCAGUGAAAAGGACCAGGUUGUUCCCCGUCCUGCCCCAGAGCCUGCAGAUCCAAACCAGCGCCGCUGAGAAGACCUCCAUCCACCUUCACCCUGUCUGCCAUCCACUAAAGAGACAGUCAGGUUCUUUGUUUGCACUACAACCACCACGUCUGUGUCCUCAGCAGCCCUGAAGCUCGCUCCCUCUCUCCUGUUUGUGUAGCGACGCAAGAUUCUGAGAGAAAAGAUCUCGUGAACUAGAACACGUCCAUUUCUGUGUUAGCCGUCCGUGUUACAGGGUACUUCUGCUGAUCACACACACACACACACACACACACACACACACACACACACACACACACACACACGCACGCGCACACACACACACACACACACACACACACAGCUGUAGUCGACUCAGUUUCACUGUGAAUUAAAGUCCUGAUGGGCGGAUCGUGAGUCAGACAGAAUUCUGGUGGUGUUCUGAUCCGGUUGUGUGCCCCACAGCGGGACCUCCGUCUCCGUGAUCCACGGCACCGUCGGCUCAUUUACAGAGCACGCUUGUGAACGUUUCCUUCCUUCACCAUUCGGACCUUCUCCUUGCAUGGGAUCAGAUGUAAAUGCCGAGGAUGUUGCUGAUGGGCGUCGCUUCUCCUGCAGACCCUUGGAUGCUCUCCAGCUCCUCCUCUGAACGGGGUCUUCUCUUCCACACACACCCGUACCUCCGCCAGGACCACGUUCUCCAUCUCAUGCAGGGUGUGUAGGGCAGCUUGUCAUCAGUCUUGGGGCGACGGGGGUGUCAUACAUCUGAUCUCAUGCAAAGACUUGGAGCGUCUGUCUGCUGAAGGAAGGAAGAAAGGCGUUUUGAAGCCAUUGAGCUCCGGUCGCUGACUCAGACAUUUACAGCUUUAACGCGCCGCGGUGUUUCUUCUUGAGCCGCGGUCCGACGUCUGUCACACCAGCUGGAUCCUCCUGGUUUUGUUCUGCGUGUCUAGCUCAGCUCGUUUCAUCAGCGCGCCCACUGAUCAGAUCUGUGGACCGCCGUCCCCCCGUCGUUUUUAGGAAACCUCACCAGCACGGCGCCUCGGGCCGAGGACCCGCCGCACCAGCACCGCGCCGCUCACCGUCAUCGGGUCAGACGGUUUCACCUGGACGGUGGUGGCACUUCCACGCUUUAAAGUCGAUCCUUGGUUUCCUGUCUUCAUGACCUCUGCUGGCAAACAGGCAGAGAAGAGCUCAGUUUGCUGGAACCAAAUGGAAACACGUCUCCUAGUCAGUCUUCUGCAGCCUUGUGACCUUCUUCACAUGAAUCAGCGUUGCCAGAUGCGCGCCCAGACUCAGCUGGUGGGACUUGUUCAGAUCCUAAACGGUCCAGAAACCUGAGUAGAAGCAGCGUGUGCUCCCCGCCCGAGCCGCAUGGCCACACGCUCGUGUUUCCUCUUCCGGUCCGUGUCUCUUAGAUUAAAAGGUUGUUUACAGUAAACUAAAAUGUGAACGUGAUGCCGAGCUUGGCCGCUGCAGCACGACUCAACUCAACAGUUUGUUUUAUGACUAUCCAGGGAAAAUCUGCACCUGUCCUUUCUUCUGUCGCCAGAUAAGCUCCGUGUGUCUGCUGUUUUUCCUGCUGCACUCACACAGAAACCCACCCGGCUCAGCCGAGCGCUCCUAGGUGGAAACGAUGACAAUCCCUGCAGGAAUGUGGAAUGUAAAAUAAAAAGAUUCUGUCAAAGACA